GAAGUACAUAUAAAGGAACCCAUAGAAAAGGAAGUAAAUCCUCGCUUAUUACCAGGUGAACUGCUGCUUUGUGAGGCAAGCACGGUGUACAAGUAUAUACAAGAAGAUGGUUCAAAUCGUGGCACCUAUGGAAAACUUGUAUGCACAAACUUCAAGAUUGCUUUCCUUGAUGAUUCUGCUUCAGAUGAUAACGAGCCACAGUUUAAGAAUAAGAUUGUAGGAGAAAAUGACAUAACCCUACAAUGUGUAGAUCAAAUCUAUGGAGUUUAUGAUGAGAAAAAGAAACUUCUAACUGGACAAUUGAGAAAAUACCCGGAGAGGCUUAUUAUCUACUGUAAAGACCUUAGAGUAUUUAAUUUCUGCCUGAGAUACACAAAAGAAGAGGAAGUGAAAAGGAUCGUCAGUGGUAUAGUUCAUCAUAGCCAGACUCCUAAGCUGCUUAAACGCUUGUUUUUGUUCUCUUAUGCAUCAGCUGCCCCAAACAAUGCAGAUGGAAGAAACCAAACUGUGAUGUUUGAUACUCUGGAGGACUGGCGUGAUGAGUUGGAGCGGACCAAAGGGAAUGUGAAAUACAAAGCAGUGACUACCAAUGAAGGCUACAGAGUCUCUGAAAAGCUGCCUUUGUAUUUUGUUGUUCCCAUAUGUGUUUCUGAAGAGAGUAUCUUGAAGUAUGAAGUUUCCUUAAAUGUCUUUCUACAGAUCUGGUGUUGGUCUUGCCAUAACGGUGCUGCUCUUCUCAAAAUGUCUGCAUUUCCCAAAGAACAGGAUGACAGCACUUCACAAAUGCAAAAAGCCUUCUUGGAUGGAAUCUAUAAGACAAUUAGCAAACCUCCCUAUGAACUGCUGAAGACGGAUGACUUGUCAAGCAGCCUUCCAUCUCUGCAAGAUAUCCAGACUGCAUACACAAGAUUUAAACAGCUGUUUUUGAUAGAUAACAGUACAGACUUCUGGGCAACGGAUGUGAAGUGGUUUUCAUUACUGGAGAGCACGAACUGGCUAGACAUCAUCAGGCGAGUCUUGAAGAAGGCUAUAGAAGUUGCUGAGUGUCUGGAAAGACAGCAUACAAAUGUUCUCCUUAUAGAAGAGAGUGCUACUGAUCUGUGCUGUGUAAUCUCUAGUCUGGUUCAAGUGAUGAUGGAUUCGUACAGCAGAACAAAGUCAGGGUUUCAGAGCCUUAUUCAGAAGGAGUGGGUAAUUGGAGGACAUGGCUUUUUGGAUCGUUGCAACCACUUACAUAAAAGUGACAAAGAGGAGGCUCCUGUUUUUCUGCUCCUGCUAAAUUGUGUUUGGCAGUUGGUACAACAGUAUCCUCCAGCAUUUGAGUUCACAGAAACUUACUUAACUGUCCUGUCAGACAGCCUCUACGUGCCUAUUUUUAGCACUUUCUUCUUCAACUCGCAACAUCAAAAAGACACUAAUACGAGUGGUGAAAGCCUCAAGACACAAAGUGGUCCUUUCAGAUUUCUUACUGUGUGGGACUGGUCUGUGCAGUUUGACUCCAAGGCCCAGGCUUUCCUGAACAACCCUCUUUAUGCAGAGAAGCCAAAACCAGAUAAAAGUCAACGGAAAACUGCACGAUUCAAACAUCAACGGCAACUGUCUUUGCCAUUGACACAAACAAAAUCUUCCACAAAGAGAGGAUUUUUCAGGGAGGAAACAGAUCAUUUAAUUAAAAACAUUCUUGGUAAAAGAAUUGGCAAGUUCAUAAAUUCUUCAGAUGAACUUCCUAAUAGCUUCAGGGAAUUUUAUGAUGGCUGGCAUAGUAAACCUGUUGACUACCAUGGUCUUCUGUUACCUCGCAUUGAUGGGCCUGAAAUCAAAGUCUGGGCACAACGGUAUUUACGAUGGAUUCCUGAAGCCCAGCUUCAUGGUGGUGGUACAAUAGCCACAGCUGCCAAGAUUUUGGACUUGAUGGAGGAAGUACAGAGCUUGCAGGUGAAAAUGGAUGAAGAACAUAGUCAAGCUAUUUCUGGAGAUCUACGUUCUGCUCCAGUGCUGAGUAAUUCUGCUCGUUUGUCAUCCCUGUUUCCAUUUGCUUUACUUCAGAGACAGUCUAUCAAACCAGCUUUACCCACCAGCACUUGGAAAGACUUGGAAGAUGAAGAUGACUUGGUGAAGAGGGAUGAUGAAUUUGUUGAUCUGAGUGAUGAUAUGCCAUAAAGUGUAUAUAAAUUAAAGUACAAAUUAUGUGUGGCUAAGCUCUGAAUUUUAAAUGUUGUGCUGUAUCCCCAUAAGGAGCUCACUCAAGCAUCUUCAGCCUGUUCAAUAGGUUUGUGGAGUUAA